AUGCCGAAUCGCUCAAAGUCGGCGCCGUUCAGUACACACGCCCGAGGGGUGCCUCUGUUCGACAAAAACAGGUUUGUGGACCUGCCCCGACACCUGGCCAGGGUGAUCUUGGACUUCCGGGACCUCUCCUCCUCCAUCUUCUGGUUCAUCUCCUGCCAAACCUGGUACACGCUGCACUGCACCCUGGUCACCAUCUUCAGCACUGCAUUCUUUGCGUUCUUCCAGCCUAGUACACCCCUCUUUGCCUACCUGGACUGGACACUCAUCUGCUUUGUGAUCGUGCUGCCCCUGGUGGGAUUCACCUUCUUUGCCUAUGCGCGCAAGGAACGCUGCCUGGAUGAGCUCUCCAAAGUGAAGCUGCUGCUCAUAGGAAUAUUCACGACGCAUGAGGCCGAGAAUGCCGUCAGCGACACCGCAGACGGAGUGCGGGAGGCCAUCUUCACCCUCAUGGAGGCCAUGCAGCGAUAUUUCCUGCCCGCCCGCUUCUACAGCCGGUAUUACCCAUACAUGGGCUUCCGGAACGCCAUGAUCCAGAUCGCAAUGGACCGUGCCCAGUACGUACGAGAGAGCCGGGGCUGCCUGCGCCAGCUGGAGGCGGCGACGAGGGUGCUGGGCACCAGUGGUGCCCAGCACCCGGUUCUGGUGGCGCAGCAGCACGAGCGCGUGGCCGCGCUGGCCUACUCCCUCGAGCGCCUGGCCAACGUCAAGGAGUUCCGGACGCCCCAGGGCGCACGCAGCGUGGCCCGGCUCUACGUGGGCCUCAUCAUCCCCAUCUUUUUCGGGCCCUACUGGGGCUGGGUGUCCAAUCAGACCAAUUUUGGCUUUGCCUUUUUCUUCAGCAUUGUGUUGGAGAUGGCGCUUGUAUCAGUCUUGAACCUGAGUCUGGCCCUGGAAGACCCGUUCGACAACCUGGGGAUGGACGGCGUCUUCAUAGAUGAAGCCUUGUUCGAGGUGCAGCAGGUGCUCAACGGCGAGGAUGGGGCGGCGAGCGAGGCCGUGACCGUCGCAGCAGCUGCCAGCCAAGUGCCAGGUGCUUCGCACAAAGACCCUGAGACGGGGGACUUUGGGAAUGCUCAGGGCGAGGAGGGCAUGCUGUAA